CCGGUCUGAAAGUCUGCUGGUAGGCAUUGGACAGGAAGAGAGUUGGAAAAAGAAACGGGACGCCCUCCCUCUUCCUCCUCCUCCUCUUCUUGCUGCCUCUUAGCGGAUAACGGUGUCCAAGAAGUUAUUCAGGACGGAGGGAGACAAAAGCGCGGCCAUCAGUCAUAAAUGUUCUGGUUUUAGAGUGAAAAGCGGCCGGCUGUGAUCAGAUCAUGGAGGAUUUGGGACUGUCUGAGCCGCCUUGCUACCCUCUCAGUCCUCGUGUUGUUGUGUUUGAUGCCCUUCUUGCAGACUUGGAGAACACCAGCUCUCCUCUUCCUCGGUGUCCCGUCUUGCUGACCUCUGACCCUCCACAGAACUCCGAUGCCAACUCCCACGACUCGGCGCAGGCUCGACCGCCGCCGCCCGCCUACACGCCGCAGCAGACUGUUUCUGCAGCAAUGAAGUCUUCAACCAACUCCAACCCGGACAAAUUAUACAGCACCGUGUGCAAACCGCGCUCUGCAGACCCUCCGCCUGCUUUCUCCUCCUCGCUGCUGGGCGGCGGUCUGAAUGAGCUGGAUCACCUGCUGCAGGAGCUCAACGCCACCCAGUUUAACAUCACAGAUGAGAUCUUGGCCCAGUUUCCUGCUUCUAAGAAAGAUGAGAGGGACAAGAUCAAGGAUAAGACCUCAACCUCCUCCAGCUCUUCUAAGCCUUCAGCGACUUCAGCCACCAUGGAGUUGGACAAACUGAUGGCUUCACUGUCUGACUUCAGAGUCCAGACGACGCCAACUCCGCCUGUCAGCCAAGUGGUCACCGCGCCGCAGCGGCCCGCCACCCCGCCGCAGCAGUCCGCCGCUCCAGCCCAGCCCACACCUGGAGGCUCACUGGACAGCAUGCUGGGACUCCUCCAAUCAGACCUGAGCCGACAAGGAGUUCAGACGUCCUCCAAGGGAAACUGCUCAGCCUGCCAAAAACCAGUCGUAGGACAGGUGAGCCRCUUCACCGCCCUUUCCUKUUGCCAUAUGAACCACCACUGGGUAUGCAAACAAUUAAUGAACUUAAAGGGUUUAUUAGAUUAAAACGAGUCCCAGUCGAGGGCUGCACAGUGGUGCAGU